AUGGGAGCUGCUGAGGAGGCGGAACGGCUGAAGGAGCAGGGCAAUGAGGCAUUCAAGGAGGGUAAGUGGCAUCGCGCCAUUGAGCUCUACAGCGCAGCCAUCGAGCUCUACAAGACACCGGCGCUGCUGUGCAACCGCGCCUUCGCGUACCUCAAGACGGAGCUCCCCGGUGCCGCUCUCGCUGAUGCCGACGAGGCGGUGCGGCUCGAGCCUGGGUUCGUUAAGGCGUACUACCGCAAGGCGUCCUCGCACCUAUACCUUGGCAAGCACAAGGAGGCAGUGAAGGACUUCAAGACGGUGGUGCAGCUCGUUCCUGGUGAUAAGGAUGCGCAGGCAAAGCUGGAAUUCUGUGAGAAGGAGGUGCGUCGUAUCCGGUUUGAGAACGCCAUUAACACGCCCGAUGGCGAGCCAGUGUCGCGGACAAUCAAGCGAGAUGCUGGGCGCCCCGACUACGAUGGGCCGCGCAUUGAAAAUGAUAAGAUCACGCCGCAAUUCGUGGAGGCCAUGAUAGAGCGUUUCCGCGUUGAAAAACUUAUUGAGCGACGAGACGUUGUCUUCAUAUUGUUGGAGGUGCUAAAGCUGUUCAAGAGUUACCCGAACUUUGUGUCAAUUGAAGUGCCGGAAGGCCGCAACAUCACUGUGUGCGGUGACACACAUGGACAGUACUAUGACCUUCUCAACAUAUUCAAGCUCAACGGAUGCCCGUCCCCGGAAAACUGGUAUCUAUUCAACGGCGACUUUGUGGAUCGCGGCUCCUACUCGCUUGAGAACGCCGUUACCUUGUUUGCCUACAAGAUUUUGUAUCCGGACUGCAUGUUCAUCUCGCGCGGCAACCACGAGAGUUUGUCCAUGAACCGCGUCUACGGCUUCGAAGGCGAGGUGACGCAGAAGUACAGCAAGGAGGUCUUCAAUCUCUUCUCCGAGGUCUUCAACGCGCUACCGGUCGGUCACGUGAUUAACAAGAAAGUUUUCGUCGUGCACGGUGGGCUUUACUCGCGUGACGACGUGACGCUAGACGAGUUGCAGAAGUUUAACCGCUUCCGCGAAAUCCCGGAAAAUGGACUGCUCAGCGCGAGUCUCUGGGCGGACCCGCAGCCAAUGCCGGGCCGGUCGCCGAGCCAGCGUGGCGUUGACUGCCCUUCCUUUGGCCCUGAUGUGACCGAGAAGUUCUUGCAGAAUAACAACCUGACGUUAGUGGUGCGCUCGCACGAGGUGAAGGAUGAAGGCUACGAGGUGGCCCACGACGGCAAGUGCAUCACUGUCUUCAGUGCGCCCAACUACUGUGACCAGAUGGGCAACAAGGGCGCUUACAUACGAUUCACAGGUGGAGUCAUGAAGCCUAAUAUCAUUGUAUUCUCACACGUGCCACACCCCGGAAAGCGGCCCAUGUACUACUCAUCAGGAAUGGGCAUCUUCUAA